AGAGGUCGAACGGUGAAGAUCCCCACUUCGACUUCUGAUAAUAAGUAUUUUAUAUUCAGUUUGUAAAUUACUUACAAAAUAAUAUGCGCAAAAGCGUACUAUAUUAGUAACCAGUAUUAGUUCUUCAUUAGAUGAUCAUCUAAUCAUAAAAAUGGAUGGCUUACCUUUUAUACCCGGAUUUCGAUUUUAUGAUAAUACUAAAAGAGAUUAUCAUUUAAGUGCCCAAUUUCAUUGGAAAAAUGGUUACGCAAUUCCUAAAGAAAAAUGUGUUGGUAUUGGUAAAUCUACUUUAGAUGUGGAUUCUAUUUUACACGCAAAACCACAACAAUUCAGAAGCUAUGAUUCUACAUUAUUAUACGGCAAAUCGAAAGAACAUUCAAAAUCUGUUUUUCAACCACAUUUUGUUUUGUAUGAUGGUAAAUAUCUGACUUUUGCAGGUUAUACAAUACAAUUUACACCGGAUUCAUCUAUUGACUCUUACAGAGUACGCCAUGUAAAAGUUAUAUAUUUUCUAGUGGAUGACACUAUUUCUGUUGUUGAACCUAUAGUAGAGAAUAUUGGUUAUUCUCAAGGGUGUCUAUUAAAACGUGGUCCAAUACCAAAUUUAAAUAAAAAAGAAAAAAUGUGGCAUUGGUCAGACUUAAACAAUGGGGUUAAGGUGACAUUUUAUGGUGUUAUAUAUAAGUUAUGUAGUUGCAAUAAGUACACAAGAGAAUUUUUAACUAGACAAGGUGUCAUAGUAGCUCCUGAUGAACCUCUACUAGAAGAUCCUUACAUCACUACAAGAUGUGAACAGAUGCAACAAGAAAUUAAAUCAAAAAAUAGCACUAUGUUAACUAAUAUAUCAAAUCUUAAUGAAUCAAUCGUUCCAGAAAAAUUCAAACAAUUCUUGAAAUACGACGGCAAAAUAUUGAGAUUUUAUGCGAUGUGGAAUGAAGAUAAAAUUAAUCCAAGCGAGAGAAAAUUUUUUAUUUUAAUGUAUUACCUAGCAAGUGACUCAGUAAAAAUCUACGAAUUCAAUGAAAAAAACAAAUGUAAUAGAGAUCUGUUUCCAUUGUUUUUGAAUAAAACAAAGUUAAAAAAAAAUUGGAAAGCAACAAUUCCCAACUUAGAAGAUUAUUAUCAGCCGAAAGAUUUUAUUAUUGGAAACUAUAUUUUAGUUAUGGGAAGAAGAUUUUUAUUGUAUGACUGUGACACAUUUACUCGAAAUUAUUAUAAAAACACAUUUGAAAUCAUUCAACCAAAUUCUAUUCAAGUAGAAAAACCUGUAACCCAAUAUUUUAUUACACCAAAAAUGAUCAUUCCACCUUAUACGGGUAUUGGUGACCCUGAUGAUACAAAACAGAACUGUUUAUCACUAAUACCAAAACCUCCAAAAACUAUCAAUUUUUUAACUUAUACAUCCAAUUACAAUAAAAAAUUAAGAUUCAAGCUCAAAUUAUUAUCAGUCUACAAAGAUGAUAAUUAUCGAGAAUUCAUAAUGACAUUUUGUCUUGGGAACAAUAAUAUGACAAUUCAAGAAAUAUCACAGAAAAAUAGUGGUUAUACUAAAGGAAAAUUUAUGUCAGCCACACGUGUUCGAAAGCCUGGUACAACUGUAGAUGAUGAUCAAUACUAUGGUCUAAAAGAUUUUUUUAUAGGAGCUGAAAUAAAUGUAAAAGGAUUUAUAUUUCAAAUAGUAGACGUAGAUUUAUGGACUUGUAAUUUUAUGAUUAAUAAUCAAUCUAUGUUUACUCAAGAAGCCAUAAAUAGUGCUAAACAAUAUGUGGAAAAAGAAGAAAUAUUGUACAAAAAAAAUGAAACUGAAUCUAUUGAAAAUAAUAAAAUUUCUUCAAAAUGUGGAAAAGAAUUUAAAAAUGAAAAUUUAAAUGUAUAACUGAAUAAUAAAAUUAAUUUUAGAAACAGUGACAGGCAGAGCCACAGGGAAGACGGGAAAUUUUCCAGUGGACUGCUAUUUGUGUUUAUACGUAAUAGGUUUAUAUUAAAACUCUCCAUGAGCCUUAAUAUUGAAACUAAGUCAAUCCCAGUCCAACUAUCCAUAGAAAAAAGCCUGAUGUUCCCUGCUAUUGAUAAGUUGACAUUUUUUGGGUCUUUAGUUAACAUAUUUUAAGUCUUAAGCUAGAGUUAUCAGAUUUUUUUUACUUAGUCUAUUGAAUUUUACGGAGAUUUAUUUAAUUUUCUCAACCUAAAAAAUAUUUUUAGAUCAUUACAAUAUUAAUUUUAGUAAUUUUUGUUAAAUUUUAAAGAAUCGAACUUAUUCCCUAACCCUUUUCCUACAUCUAUGACACAUACAUAUAAAUAUAUUUAGUAAUAAGGGGCCAUAUAUUGUAUAGUUUUCCAAGUCAUUUUGACCCCAGUACGCUUUUUAGGAAAUAUAAUGUUUAAAUUACUAUAAUCUUAAGAAAAUAUUUUAAAAAUUAAUUAAUAUUAUACUUUAAAUUUAAUUAAAU